AGAUGGCUCUGUGGCUCGUCCAGGGAUACCUGCUCCUCAGUCUCGUCAAAGCUUCUCUGCAAGGAGGAGUUCCAGGAGCAGGGGUUCAAGGAACAAUAGGGCGCCUCUUUCUUCCAACUGGCCUCUUACGCGGUGCUGGAGUACCUGGCCAGAUUCCAGGGCAAGCAUAUCCCUAUAAGUCUGUGCCUGGAGCUGGAAUUCUUGGUGCUGGAGUUCCAGGUGCCAGUGUCCCAGGUGUAUAUCCAGGUGCAAGGAAUCAUGGCCUUGGAGUCCUUCCUGGAGUACCAACUGGAACUGGUUUGAAACCUAAACCAAGUGCUGGUGGUCAGUAUGGAUACCCAACAGGCUAUGGCAGCUUUGGAGUAGGAGUACCUGUUGGCUAUCCGGUUCUUUCACCUAAAUUGCCAGGUGGUUAUGGAAUUCCAUACAGUGCUGCUGGAUAUGCAGCUGCCAAAGCUGCUAAGUAUGGAGGUGGUGUACCUGGAGGCGGCCCUGGAGCUGUUCAAGGUGUUCCAGGAGGAUAUGCAGCUGCCAAAGCUGCUAAAUAUGCAGGUGCUGUACCUGGAGGUGUACCGGGAGCCGUUCCAGGAGGUGUUCCAGGUGGAUAUGCAGCAGCCAAAGCAGCUAAACUUGCAGGUGCCGUCCAAAGGGGUGUUACAGGAGUUGUUCCGGAUGGAUACGCAGCAGCCAAAGCAGCUAAAUAUGGAGGAGGGAUUCCUGGGGUUUCAGCUGGUGUUCCAAGGGGUAUAGCCGGAGCUGCUCCUGAUGGUUACGCAGCAGCCAAAGCAGCUAAAUAUGCAGGUGCUGUUCCAGGAGGGCUUCCCAGGAUUUCAGCUGGAGGUUUUCCAGGAGGUUUUCCAGGAGCUGUUCCAGGCGGCUUUGCAGGGGGUGUCCCUGGUGGGUACGCGGCAGCCAAAGCAGCUAAAUAUGGAGGUAUUCUUCCAAGAGGGUUACUUGCUCAAGGAGGUUUAAUUCCAGGGGGUGUUCCUGCUGGAUAUGGAGCAGCCAAAGCAGCAAAAUAUGGAGGUGUUCCCGGAGGCAUCCCAGGGGGUGUUCCCGGAGGCAUCCCAGGGGGUGUUCCCGGAGGUGUUCCAGGGGGUGUUCCCGGAGGUGUUCCAGGGGGUGUUCCCGGAGGUGUUCCAGGUGGAUAUGCUGCAGCCAAAGCAGCUAAAGCUGCAGGUGGUGUCCCAGGAGGGGUUCCUGCACUUCCAAUUACAUCUGGUCUAGGGGGUCUUCCAGGUGGCAUUCCAGCAGGUGCUUAUGGAGCAGCCAAAGCAGCCAAAUAUGGAGGUGGUGUUCCAGGAGGGCUGCUUGCUUUUCCAUUUAGGGGUGUUCCAGGUGCUGUUCAAGGAGGUGUACCUGGUGGCUAUGCAGCAGCCAAAGCUGCUAAAUAUGGAGGUGGUGUUCCGGGAGGCAUUCCGGUGGGAGUAGCUGGAGGUGGUCAAGGGGUUGGACUAGGUGGUGUUCCAGGUGGCUAUGCAGCAGCUAAAGCUGCUAAAUAUGGAGGAGGACUCCGUGGAGGCAUUCUGGGAGGUGUACCUGGAGGUUUUCUCGGGGGGCUGGCAGGUGCCUACAGGGCAGCCAAGGCUGCUAAAUAUGGAGCUGGUGGGGUAGGAGCUGUGCCUGGAGGCUAUCCAGGGGGUGUAGUUGGAGGUUAUCCAGCUGCAUAUGCAGCAGCUAAAGCUGCUAAAUAUAGAGGAGGUGUCUCAGACGGUUUACCCAGAGCCAUUGAUGCUGUACCAGAUAGAGCUGCUGCAGCUAAAGCCGCAAAAUUUGCAGGUGUACCGGGAGCUGUUCCAGGAGCUGUACAAGGUUUACCAGGAGCAAUUCCAGGUGCUGGGCCAGGAGUUCAACCAGGAGUUGUGCCAGGUGGGAUAGCUGAAGGUAAAGCAGCUAAAUAUGGAGGUGGCCCAGGAGCUAUACCUGGAGUUCAACCAGGAGUUGUACCCGGAGUUCAACCUGGAUCUGUAGCAGGUGUUCCAGGAGAUUUAUCAGCUGGUUAUGCAGCAGCUAAAGCAGCUAAAUACGGAGGUGCUGGCCUGGGAGUCCAGCCUGGUGGUGGCCUGGGAGUCCAGCCUGGUGGUGGCCUUGGUGUCCAGCCUGGUGGUGGCCUUGGUGUCCAGCCUGGUGGAGGCCUGGGUGUCCAGCCUGGUGGAGGCCUGGGUAUCCAGCCCGGUGGUGCAAUCGGAGUUAAACCCGGAGGUGGAGUGGGCGUGCAACCUGGCCUUGGAUUGGGUGUAACUGGAGUUCGACCCACCGGUGCUCCUCUGACACCCCAACCAGGUGAAGUGCUACCAGGCGUUGGAGCAAAAGCAGCCAAGCUAGGUUUUGGGGCAAGAGGUUCUGCUGGAUUCUUACCCUAUUAUCAACCUGAAGAAUAUAUUGAGUCCACCUGAAGAUAUUUAAGAACUGCAGGAGCCCCUUGUGCGAUGGGGAAAUAUUGUGGCAGAAGGAGAAAAUAAGCAACUAUUUGGAAAAGAAGUGACCUCAAGAAUUCUGGUGCUACUGCCUGAUUUGGAAUGUAAAGGAUGGUGUGUAAUGGAAUUCCUCGGCUGCACCCCUUUCCCACGGCUACACCUUCCAUCCCCCAAUUUCAUCUGCAUUCUUUAUCAAUAUCUAAUGGAUUUUUUUUUAUCAAGGAUACUCUGUAAUAUGUUGUGUGCUUCAAGAGCUUAGAGACCAGUUUACAGCUGAGUCUUUUGUUGUUAAUCUCAGUAUUAGUUAACACCAUCCGUAACUUGAUUUGUUUUGUUUGGUGACUCUGACUCCAGUAUUUUUAAAUUAUAAAACCGGUGUUAUUAAUUUUCAGUUGCUUGUGCUUUGCUUUACAAACUGUACUGUGAGUGAUGCCUAGAUUAUACAGCUGGGCAGUAGCUCCACCCCACCAUAAUUUUUGGUGCUAAAAAUCUAUAUUUGAGUGUGGCAGCUGUAUUCAUACAAAUGAUGGCUCAACCUGAUGAGUGGGGCCUGAAGUGACCAAUGCAACUUUCACAUAUUGCAGCUCAACAUGCUUGUGCACGUGGCCACCUAAACUUUGUAUUUGGAGGCCGAAUUACCUUCCUGGCCAAAAUAUUCCUGGAGAGGUUGAUUUGAUGAAUUUUGAAGUUCAUGCAAGUUGAGAGACUUUAGUACAAACUCUCCUUGUCAUCCACUCAGGCUUCUGGAUUUGUAUGCAUAGCAGACAAGGGAUAAAGUGCCAGCUUUUUUACAGGUAUGUGUUCCUCCCCAUCUGAUUUUCCUGCAUCCAUUGCACAUACAUGACUAAUGGCCCCAGGUUCAGGAUCAGGAAAAUCUGCCCUAGAUUAAGAAAUCGUUAAUCCCUUCACUAUUGGCAUGGUGUGGCCAGGGUUUUACUACCUCCGGGAUCAAGAUUGUGAAAUGAGCUCCAUACAUUUCAACAAUCUGAUUACCUCCACAGCUGUAAUUAACUAAGAAUUUUAUUUUAUUGAUGUCCUCUCGGAAAUCUUCCGACUGAUUUAAUUGCAUAAAAUGUAUCCAAGGAUUUUGUUUUUAAACGAAUUACUUUCCAACCAGUCACAGAUUGACCACUAUAUAUAGUACAGGGUAUUAUAAAUCCCUGUGGCACUAUAUUGUAUCUUGGGCAUCAUCUUUGAAAUCAGUUAUUUUGAAAUGACAAGUUAUUUCAACAGAAUUAUGCACAAUUAUUGAAUUGCAUGCAAAUUGGAGUUGUCUGACUUGUGAAAAUGCAGGAGCCCACCAAAGCCACACUUGUUGAAUCUAUCCUUCCCCUCUGUUUUCCAACUUCCCUCUGGCUCCACUCUCUCUAGCUCUCUUUUCUUUCUCUUUUGCUCUGUCUUGUACUGUAUAUGGUGAAAAUUAUAAUUUCCAAGUUUUCUUGAAAAUAGUGGGGAGAGCAACUUGAUUUGAGCACCUUAUAGGUUCAGAGAAGCAAAUGCUGAUCAGUUUCUACCUUUAUUGCAACUCACCAUUGUCCUGCAACUCCUUUUAAUAAAUGAGAUUGCUUGAAAUUAUGCUGUCAUAUGUAAUACUUUACAUCAGUUCUGUUGUAAUAAGCACUGUAGCAGAACUUGAGCCCCAGCAUUAAUGCAUUGCUUCAGAUUUGGUGUAAUGACCAUCCGUCGUAUCUUUGUAAACUAUGUGACUCAAUUACAGGAUGGUUAAUAUUUCAGUAACUGCUUUUAAAAUAAACA